CGCGCGGUGGUUGUGAACGCGCACGGACAUAAAAUCCGCUAGGAAGCCGAAAGCCGCCUCGCGCUCUGGAGAAAUUACCGUUUUUACGGUUUUAACGGUCAUUUAAACACGGAGAAGUGGCACACGUUUCCCCCGGGAGGAAAACAAGGAGUCACUGCGCUGAAAACACGAGGAGAUUCAGAAACGAGGAAUUUUUCGUGUUUCCUUUGGAGAAAAACGGAGCCGGGGGGGCUGUUGGGCCAGCGGCUCGCGGGGAGUUGGAACAACGACGAGCUUCCCGUUACGGUUUCUUUUGUCCAGACGUUAACACAACCUGCUUAUCCGCUUGGGCCUUUGUUUUGGGAUUUAAAAUGCUGCUGAUGUGUGAAGGAGCUGUUUGGUGGACCGGACCGACCCGGGUCAGAGGCUAAGCUCGGUUCCGUUCCGAACAGUUAUGAAAGCAGCGCCCUGUGUCUAACUCCCCUGGACACCUGACUCUCUCUCAACACAAGGCAGCAUCAUGUCGUUUUUUAAUUUCCGUAAAAUCUUUAAAAUCGUAUCAGAGAAGAAGAAGAAACAAUACGAGCACGUGCGCAGGGACGAGGAUCCGGAGGAAAUCUGGGAAAUCAUCGGAGAACUGGGAGAUGGAGCCUUUGGCAAAGUGUUUAAGGCUCAGAACAAACAGACGGGAAUCUUGGCAGCAGCCAAAGUCAUUGAUACGAAGACUGAAGAGGAGCUGGAGGACUACAUGGUGGAGAUCGACAUCCUGGCCUCCUGCGACCAUGAAAACAUCGUCAAACUGCUUGAUGCCUUUUAUUUUCAAAGCAAACUGUGGAUACUGAUUGAGUUCUGUGCCGGAGGGGCCAUGGAUGCCGUAAUGCUCGAGCUGGAGAGGCCGCUGACGGAGCCCCAGAUCAGGGUGGUGUGUAAGCAGACCCUCCAGGCGCUGGUUUACCUCCAUGAAAACAAAAUCAUCCACAGAGACCUGAAGGCUGGAAACAUCCUCCUCACGCUGGACGGCCACGUGAAGCUGGCUGACUUUGGUGUGUCUGCCAGAAACACCAAGACGUUGCAGCGCAGAGACUCGUUCAUCGGAACGCCGUACUGGAUGGCUCCUGAGGUCGUGAUGUGCGAGACGUCUAAGGACCGGCCCUACGACUACAAGGCUGACAUUUGGUCCCUGGGAGUCACGUUGAUCGAGCUGGCGCAGGUUGAGCCGCCCAAUCAUGAGAUGAAUCCCAUGAGAGUCCUGCUGAAAAUAGCCAAGGCCGACCCCCCCACCCUGAUGCAGCCAUCGCGCUGGUCUCCGGAGUUUACGGACUUCCUGAAGCGUUGCCUGGAUAAGAACGUGGACAACAGAUGGGGAGCAGCUCGGCUGCUGCAGCAUUCGUUUGUGUCAGCCGUGACCGACAGCAAGCCGCUCAGGGAGCUGAUCGCCGAGGCCAAAGCCGAGGUUACCGAGGAGAUCGAGGAGCAUAAAGAGGAAGAGGAGGAGGAAGAGGCAGAGGCACAUCUGGGACAUAAACGUGCUCCGUCUGAUGCCAGCGUCGCCAGUUCAGAGGAUGAGAAGAUCCCCCUCUCCCCCUCCCCCUUGGAGUUGGUCCCUGAGAGGCUGGAGCCGAUCCCGCCUGUUCCCACUGCGACCGAGCUUCCUGUGGCCAACCACGUGGUGGAGUCCAACGUUGCAGAGGCUCCGGAGUCUCCGGCUGAAAUUUCCUCACCACAACCAGAGGCACCUUCUAAAGAAAUGCAGCAGCUGGGUGUAAAUGUGGAGGAUGAGAAGGAAGUGGACACGGCAGAGGUCCCAGAGGCCUCUGAGCCUCCUGCUCUAGAGGAGCCGAACAGUCCAGCUGAAGAUGAAGAACAGUACAAACAUCUGAAGGUGACUCUGACUCUACCAGAUGGAGACGAAGUCCUAAAGGACGAGAACGACGGCAAACCUGCAGAGGACCGGAUUAAUUCUGAGGAGGAGGAGAAGGUGCCGGAAAAAACGAAAGAAGACGAAGAGAAAAACUCCGACUCGGGAAGUGUCUCAACAGCAGACAACAGCAGUGUGGACCUGAAUCUGUCCAUCUCCAGCUUUUUGUCUAAAACGAAAGAACCUGGUUCUGUUUCUGUUCAGGACACCAGACGCCAGAAGAAAACACUGAAAAAGACUCGGAAGUUUAUGGUGGACGGGGUUGAAGUUAGCGUCACCACGUCAAAGAUCAUCACCGACAACGACGCCAAGAACGAGGAGAUGAGAUUCCUGAGGCGACAGGAGCUGAGGGAGCUGCGCCUCCUGCAGAAGGAGGAGCAGAGAGCCCAGCAGCAGCUCAGCAACAAGCUGCAGCAGCAGAAGGAGCAGAUCUACCGACGCUUUGAUCAGGAGACCACGAGUAAGAAGCGUCAGUACGAUCAGGAGGUGGAGAACCUGGAGCGGCAGCAGAAACAGACCAUCGAGAGGCUGGAGCAGGAGCACACCACCCGGCUCCGGGACGAGGCCAAGCGCAUCAAAGCCGAGCAGGACAAGGAACUGUCCAAGUACCAGAACAUGCUGAAGAACCGCAAGAAAGAGGAGCAGGAGUUCCUCCAGAAGCAGCAGCAGGACCUGGACAGCGCGCUGAAGAAGAUCAUCCAGCAGCACAAACACGAGCUGGCCACCAUCGAGAGGGACUGUCUGAACCACAAGCAGCAGCUUCUCCGAGCUCGGGAGGCGGCCAUGUGGGAGCUGGAGGAGCGCCACCUGCAGGAGAAACACCAGCUGUUCAAACAGCAGCUGAAGGACCAGUACUUCAUGCAGAGACAUCAGCUGCUAAAGAGACACGAGAAGGAGAUGGAGCAGAUGCAGCGCUACAACCAGCGUCUCAUCGAGGAGAUGAAGAACAAACAAACACAGGAAAGAACCCGACUGCCCAAAAUCCAGCGAAGUGAAGCCAAAACACGCAUGGCCAUGUUCAAGAAGAGCCUCCGCAUCACGGGAGCCCUGGUCACCCCCGAGCAGGAGAGGGAGAAGGUCAAGCAGUUUGCAGGUCAGGAGGAGAAGAGGCAGAAGAACGAGAGGCUCCAUCAGCACCAGAAACACGAGAACCAGAUGAGAGACCUUCAGCUGCAGUGUGAGGCCAACAUCAGAGAGCUCCAGCAGCUGCAGAACGAGAAGUGCCACCUGCUGAUCGAGCACGAGACCCAGAAGCUGAAGGAGCUGGAUGAGGAGCACAGUGUGGAGCUGAAGGAGUGGAGAGAGAAGCUCCGACCUAGGAAGAAGGCGCUGGAGGACGAGUUCGCCAGGAAGUUACAGGAACAGGAAGUGUUCUUUAAGAUGAGCGGCGAAUCAGAGUGCCUUAACCCAACCAACCAGAGCCGCAUCUCCAAGUUCUACCCGAUCCCCAGUGUCCACUCCACUGGGUUCUAACGAGACCCAGUGCGCGCGCACGCACACACACACACACACACACACACGAGGAUGACGAAGACUGACUUGGAGCUGCGUGCCUUCGCUCAGUUGGACCUUCUUGCUGUGAUUUAGACGUUUUCCCGAAGCUUCCAGUGCCUGACGAGUCGGACGUUUCCUUUGGACUGAGGAAGCUGCUUUACGAACUCUGUUUGGUUAAAUCUGAGUCAAUAAUUGUUGUUUCAGUCGUCUCCGGCCCCUCCUGUGUCAUCACAUCGGCUCUUUGUGGUUCAAAUCAUCAAACUGAUAAUAAUGCAGUUUUUACUUUGGUUUAGGUUUAAACCACACCCCCGGGGGGGGGGGGGGGGGGGGGGUGUAUGUGUCUCAGAAGAACAGAAACAAAAUCUGUGGAAACGAUCAAAUGUUUUCAUUUGUAGAAAAAAGCCUUCAUGUCCGAAGUUCCCGUCUCCAUUUAAAUACAAGCAUGAGCCUGUAGCAUAACUAUUAUAAUAUUAAUGUCAUUAUUAGUUAAAAUGGUGGAAAUCCAACCUAGAAGCGGACCCGACUGGUUUGGGCCAUUGUGACAGAUCGGUUUCUCAUAAUUUGGCUGCUGAGUUUUUUUUAAUGAAGGAAUGAAACAGUGAAGGAGUGCUGGACACCUUUUAGUUAAUAUUUAUACAAAACACGUCAGACACAAACGUAUCCUCAUUUCCAAUCAGAGUUCAGGUAAAACAUCCGUGAUUUCUGUCAUUCUGAUUUUUAUUCUGAUGUAAAUAAACUUUUUCCUCCCA